AUGGACCACGCCGCCAAUGUCGUCCGCGCCGCAGCGCACCUCCGGGCCAAGAUGCUGCCGUCCGAGAAGAAGUUGUUGACCAAGGCCCAGCGUCUCCAAGCCAUCCUCAACAAGAAGUCCGAGCAGCGGUCGGCCGAAGAGGUCGAUGUCCUCUUCGAGUGGGUCGUCCAGAAUGAAGCGACGUGCAAGCUCUUUAGCGGCAUCCAAGACGUCAUUUGCAAGACGAUUUGCCGCGAAAUGACCUUGUACAACGCUCCGCCCGGUACGGUGGUAUGCUACCAAGGCGACUUUGGCGACAUCUUCUACAUCGUCCUCGCCGGCCAAGUCUCGCUCUACGUGGCGCCCAGCGAAGCCCAUAUGCCCAUAGAAGACGAGCUGCGCGGACAGCUUGGUACCUACCCGGACGAGGCCUCACGCAAAUCGCUCGGCAUGUUCAUUCGCAAGAUUGGGGGCGGUGGGACGUUUGGCGAGCUCGCCGUCCUCGACCCAUCGGCACAGCGGACGUGCUCGGUCGUGACCAACGUCUUGACGUCGUUUAUUUGCCUGAAACGGGGUGCGUACCACCGCCUUCUCCGCGCCAGCAACGGCGACGAGAUUACCUUUACGCAGUUUGAGUUUAUCGAGGAUUUGUACUACUUUGAGUCGUGGACUCACGGCGACAUCUCGCGCCUCUCCAACAAGCUCAAGCUCCUCGCUGUGCCAGCGGAUAGCUUCUUACUGCGCCACGGCAACGAGGCCAACGCCAUGUACUUCAUCUACUCGGGCGUCGUGCAAGAGUCGCUGCCGAUGACGGCGCUCGUCGAUGACGCGGGCUACGUCGUCAAGUACACGCCCGUGGACGAAAAGCCAACCAAAAAGUCCAAGGCCGCCGUCGCGCCGGAAGAAAGCGUGAUCCAAGGCAUCCACUUUGGCGACCUGCGGCGGAAGCGCGCGAGCUUGGAAACGGCCUUGUACGAAGAGCACGAUAUCUGCGGGGAGCACGCCCUCGUUUUUAACGAAAGCCACAGCAAAGUCGAGUUGCGCGCCGUCACGGACGUCAAGGCGCUCGUGAUGGAUCGCGCGACGUGGAAUGACGUCUUUAUGAUCGACCGCCUCGACCACAUUCUGGCGGCGCAGCAGCUCUUCCGGGAGAUGGCGCUCGCGCGAGACCAUUGGCGCCAAACGCGCAUCGCGAUCGCGUCGACCCACCCGCGUCUGCUGCUGACCAUAUCGACGCGCUCGAUGAUGAAGCAUGCGCGGACUAUCUGCGGCUGGUGCGGGUCCCACGACCACAUUUCAGGCGACAGCGUGUGCUCCAAGGUCGUCGAGGCCAAGCACCAAGCAGCGAUCCGAAAGCAGCGCAAGAAAGAGGCCGACGACCAGCGCAUUUCAGAGGCGAAAGCCGACCUCCUCUUUGCUCGCAAACGCACGCCGCAGAUGCUCCAGCAAAAGCUCCGCCUUGCCGCCCAAACGGCGGCGACAACGGCGCAUUUGCAACAGAAAAAGGCGGAUCUGAUGUCGCCGCGGGACCAAUUGUACCGCGACUGGCAAAUCGCCGCGACCAAGCAAAAGGCAAUUGCCGAGGCCCGAGGCGCGUCGCCCAAGCUCCAGGUGCCACCGACGCUCCGCACGUCCGUCAACUCGCCCCCACGGUCGCCCCAUAGCUUGCACCGACACGGAGCAUCCAAACCCACCUCACCGCGGAGCAACAACCAGCCGCCGCGACAGCUUUUCUACCUGCCAUCGUCCGACGAGGACCACGGAGCGCGGCGCCCCGAGCUGGUGCCGCACCUGCCGCUUCGCAUGCAGAACAACAUUGCGCAGGAAAACUUGACCGUCGUGUACAAGACGCGUCUCCUCGAGAGUCUCAAGAAAGUGCACACGAUGGCCGAGUACCGCUCGCGGCGGGUCGAGGUCAUGACGCAGCUCGAAACGCCGGGCGACGACGCGGCCUUGCCGCUGCGGCCACGCGUGCCGCGCAAUCGGCGCUGGCGGCGCGGACAACCAACGCGGCUUGAUCGGCGAGUGAACCGCGUGCUUCGACAGCUCUGGCCCGACGAGCUGCCCAAGAUCGAAGAGAGCUUGCAAGCCAUCAAAAUUGGCGAAUGA